AUGUCCUCGCCGGCGAAGUCCGAGAAGACCAUGUCUUCGCGUCUGUUGACGAUGAAGUUCAUGCAACGGGCUGCAGCGUCCGCCGCUGCAAAAGAAACCCACGCUUCAGCGUCCGAGGACAGCCUCCCUUCUACUCCGAAACGGGCCCGACUGUCGGAACAGAACAGCCCGGCUACUCCACGCACAAGUGAUAUGGAGGCCAUCUCCGCCGCGCUAGCAGCGGAAGAAGAGAAGCGCCGAGAAGCCAUUGCGCGCCAGGCGGCAGAGGCGGGCGAAACCGAAUGGGUGCUGGAUAUCCCACCCGCUACAAACGGCAAUGCGCUGCAGCCUCUCGUGGUGGCGGCGGACUCGUUAGAUGCGGACGGAGAUGUCGGAGCUGGGGGCCGAAGAGCAUAUGGCAAUUAUAAGCGCAAACAGCGGACGAAUUACAUUUCUCAGAGUGAGGGCCAAUCAAACAAUAAAGAAGGCGAAGAGGGACAGAAAUUCCAGAACCCAACGGACCCUGCCGGAGUCCAAGAAUUCAUCGAUAAUGAAAGAAAAAAGGGAAAGGCGAAGAUGUUAUCCCAGGAGGUCAACCUGAAAAACCUGACGAGUAUCUCCGGUGGCAGCUCCCGACAAGGCGCUCCCGACACUGCGCAGAAAAAGAAGAAGAAGCGCAAGAGCCGGUAG